AUGUCAUACCCAGGAGAAGAUACGGGAAUUCCCAGAAGAAUAAUAGAGGCUCUAGAGGACCAGCCUUUGAGCUACCUGAUUCCCAAAGAUGGGUUGGCCUCGUUAGUAAACGCUCCAACAACAGUUUCUUUACCUUUUGACAGAACUGUCUUUACCAGUGAUGAUGAUUGCAGAGGAGUGGAUGUAAACCGUCUUAGCACUGCUGUUUCCAUAAAUAAUGAUGCGGAACAAACCAAACUCGUCUUCAAGAGACCUAGUAAUUUCACGUUAUCAACCAAUUCAGUGGAUCAUACCCCGUCCAAUUUUUUGAAAGGAUUAUCACCGUUAGCGCAGAGUGUUCUAUCAGCUCAUAAGGAAUCAUUUGACUCUGAUAAUAUCGAGAAAAAAAGAGAGAUUGUACAUGAAGUUCAGCAAAAACAUAAGCUUGACGAUAAACCUUCAAAUACUGAUAGCUUGAGUUUUAACAAUGACUCUUCAAACAAGAAAACCAAAAUUUCAACAGGCGUUACGAUGACACAGGCAAAUUUAACAGAACAAUAUUUAAAUGAUCUCAGAAAAAUUUUGAGUAUUAUAGGGCUUGACGAAAACUCUGCUGAAAUUGGAAACAUUGAGUAUUGGCUCCAAUUUUCAAACGAAAAGUUUGUUUUAACUACAAAUUGCUUAAUCAAGUUACAGAUGACAAUAAAAAAUAUUGCCGCUUAUCCGCAACUAUGGGAGUCAAUUGAAAUGAAAUGGGUAUUGAGAUUGCUUGAUGUAAUGGUUUCCAACAUACAUAUCAGUAAAUGUUCUUUAAAUACGGGGUUAGACGACUCUAUGUUACGAUAUACUGCUUUGCUAUCCACUGUCAUUUUAUUCAAUAUAAUUUUACUGGGCAAGAAUGAGAGUAACUUGCAUCGAGAAUCAUAUAUCAUGGAACCUCUAAACUUUCUAAGUGAUUUGAUAGAAUCCUUAAAAACCUUAUCCACUGAAUAUAAUGCUUUAAAAAUAGAAUUUAAUACUUUUCAGGAGGCCCUGGACUUGCUGCCAAAAUACAUAUGCAAUGGCCCGUUUAUGGAUGAUAAUGUAACGGCGAAGCUUGUGUACAUCUUCAGUGACUUGCUAAUGAAUAAUAACGUCGAAGUAACUGCAACUAUUCAAUUCCAAAAUUUUUGGGAUGAUGUGAAGAGGGUCAGCUCCGAUAUUCUAGUUGCAUUAUUUAGUAAUUUGGAUCAACAGAGAGAUUUUAUAAUAGAAGAACUAAUAUCUCAUGUCGAAAGGCUGCCUACAAAGAGAAUUCAAAAGAAGUUGAGAAGAGUCAGCAUGGAGAACAUUUAUAUUACCGAUUUUACCUUAACUUUAAUGUCAAUGCUAGAAAAUAUUAAUUGUUACACAUUAUGUGGCCAGAUGAAGGAAAUUAUUCCGGAAAAUAUUGAGCAAUUAAAAAUCGAGUACAAAAAACAAGAUGAGUUCCUCUUUAAUGUUGUAGAGCAUAUAAAUGACACAAUACUUGAGAGAUUUCUUAAGAAUCCGUCUUCGUUGCGGUACGUGAUCGAUAACUUCGUUCAAGAUCUAUUAUUACUACUUCCUUUCCCUCAGUGGCCCGUAACAGAGCGAUUAUUAAGCUCCUUGCUUAAGAAGCUUCUGAGAGUAUUUGGCCAAUCUGUACAGUUCCCUGCAAAUACUGAAACAAUAUGCCUACAACUUAUAGGGAAUAUUGGUACCGCAAUUUUUGAUAUUAAAUGUUCUACUAGAGAUCGUGAAGAUAACAAUUUGAUAAAAAUGAUCAAUUAUCCGGAAAACUUACCAAAUUUUUUUCAAUUAUUUGAAGAUUGCAUUGCAUACAACGAAGCGAUAAAAUAUCGUCAUUCUGCAGCAAGGUUCCUUUGGAACUUGAAAUUGGGUACAAUAUUUAGAUUAGAAGAGUAUACAAAGGAUGUUAAGGAGCAAAGUUUAACUAUUAACAAUCAAUUGAAAACUACACUUGAGAAGAUCCAAGGUGGUGGAUUUGAACGUCCAUUAAAAUCUAAUCGUGCUGAUUUUAGCACGAUUAGAUUAGAUUAUUUUUCUAUUUUGCAUGCGUUUGAACUUUUAAAUCUGUACGACCCAUACUUAAAGUUAGUAUUAUCUCUUCUAGCCAAGGAUAAAAUCAAACUAAGAUCCACUGCUAUCAAGUGUUUAUCAAUGCUGGCCUCAAAGGAUAAAAUCAUUCUUUCCAACUCAAUGGUCAAAGCAACUAUUCACCAGCGUUUAAGUGACUCAUCUGCAUCUGUUAAGGAUGCCAUACUAGAUCUGGUUAGCAUCGAUUCAUCAUAUUUUGAAUUCUAUCAACAAAUUAAUAACAACUAUGACGACGAUAGCGUAAUGGUUAGAAAACAUGUGUUAAAAAUUAAUGAAAAAAUGUAUGAUGAGACGGACGACCUCGCAACAAAAGUAUAUGUAAUAGCACGAAUCCUUAUGAAAAUUGAAGACGAAGAGGACAACAUUAUUGACAUGGCUAGGCAGAUUUUAUUAAACAGAUGGAUUUUAAGUGUAAACGAAUUGCUAAACCAGCCUGAAAAAUUGAAGGAAAUUUCAUCCUCAGUCCUAACAGUGAUAUCCCGUGUGGCCAUAAUGAAUGAGAAAUGUUCACAACUUUUCGAUUGGUUCCUUAACUUUUAUCUCUUAAAUAGGGAAGCGCAUUCAAAGGAAAUAUACGAUAAAGUCACUCAUGUUUUAAUAAUCCUUACCGAUUUUUUGGUACAGAAAGUUGUUGAACUGAACUCAGAAGAUACAGAAGAAAAGAAUAUGAUUAUUGAUAAACAAAACUUCCUAAAUUUGUUGGCAAAGUUCGCUGAUUCCACUGUGUCAUUUUUAACUAAAGACCAUAUUACAGCCUUAUAUCCUUAUAUGGUAUCAGAUGACAAAUCUGAUUUUCACUACCAUAUCUUACAAGUUUUUAGAAGCACAUUUGAAAAACUGUCUAACUUCAAGCCCAAAUUUCUGUAUGAUUUAGAAACGACUCUCUUGAGUAGGUUACCAAAGAUGAGUGUGAGAGAAAUAGAUGAAGCUAUGCCUCUUAUUUGGUCCAUCGCCACUCAUCGCAGUGAUGCUACUAGAGUGGCUAAAGCAUGUUCAUCCUGUCUUUCACAUCUACAUCCCUACAUAAAUAAUGCGAAUAAAGAAGAAAUUACCAUUGCUGUUGACGGUAAAUUGCAAAGGCUGAUAUAUUUAUCCACUGGUUUUGCCAGAUUCUGCUUUCCUAAGAUACCGAAGGAAAAAAUUGCAUUCUUGCAAGAAAAUGAAACUCUGUACGAACACAUUACCAAAUGCUUACUGGUACUAUCAAAAGAUAGAAUCCCUCAUGUCAUAAGAAGAGUCGCUGUUAAAAAUCUCACGAAGUUAUGUGGUAAUCAUCCUAAACUGUUCAAUUCAAGACAUGUUUUACGUUUGCUGGAUAAAGAGUUUGAAAAUGAUCACUUGGAUAUCAAACUAGUGAUAUUAGAAAGCUUAUAUGAUCUUUUUCUAUUGGAAGAAAGGAAAUCUGUGAGAAAUACAGGCGUGAAUAGCACUCUAUCUUCUAACUCUAUCCUAAAAAAGAAAUUAUUGAAAACCAAAAAGACAGAGUUUGCGAAUGACGGAGUAUGUUCUGCAUUAGCUGCUCGGUUUUUGAACAACAUUCUCCAGCUUUGUCUUCUUCGUGAUCUGAAGAAAUCUCUUGUGGCAAUUCGAUUACUAAGGUUGGUCUUGAAAUUUGGUUACACAAAUCCCUCUCAUUCAAUUCCAACCGUAAUUGCUUUGAUUGCCUCUAGCAGCCAAUAUAUUCGCCAUGUUGCGUACGAAAUUUUAGAAGAUCUUUUUGAGAAACAUGAAACGCUAGUGUUUAGCAGUUUAUCACGAGGUGUUACAAAAGCAAUACAAUAUUCUAUUCAAACAGAUGAUAAGUAUUAUUAUAGGCAUGAUUACUUUUUAGCUUCACUUGAAAAACUAUGCGGAGCUGGGAAGAAGAAUGGUCCAAAAUUCUUCAAGGUUGUAAAGAGAAUCAUGCAAUCUUAUUUCGACGAUAUCACUGAUUUGACGUCAACAACUGCCAACAUUCAAAAGUCCAUUUUCGUUCUUUGUGCUAACAUUUCGAAUAUCAAAUUCAUGUCUCAGUACGACUUGGUGUCCCUACUCAAAACGAUCGAUUUAACAACAGACAGAUUGAAGGAGAUUAUAAUGGAUGAAAUAUAUGAGAAUCGUUCGUCAUUUUCCAAACCAGAUGAAACUCUUAAUGGAAUAAUAUUAAUACAGUUGUGUUUACAAGACUUGAGUACUUAUUUACUCCACGUGUACGGUUUGAAAAGUGACGCGCUUCUAUUGGAUAUAAUAGAAGAGUCGGAAUUGAAGAAUAAGCAACUUCCAGCUAAGAAACAGGAUGUUAAAGAGUUUUCUUCGCAACUAGAGAACAUUGAGGAUCAUUCUUCGAAUAAUAAUCUAAUUGCAUACUUCAAAAAACACGUAAAAGAUACGUAA